AUGGCAAAGAGCCUCUUAGCCUUGAUUUUUCUCUUAAUCCUCUCCCAAAUUAUAAGAUAAAUUUUUUUUUAUAAAAUUCAAAAAUAAGAAAUUAAUAACACAGGAGUUAGCUUUUGCUUAUUCUAUUGAGCCAGCUGGUAAAGCGAUAAUCGUUAAUUAUAAUAUAAGAUAAGUCCACUGUCAGUACCUGAAAGCACUUAUUCUAUUCCAUAAAGCUCCACCUCUUACUCAUCAGUCUGCAAACGGCCUUAUAUUGCGAUCCAAGCCAGCAUUUGGUUUUAUCAAAUAGGGAUUUUACGGCCCAAAACAUCGGGCAAUUCAUGGUGAUAUGUUUAACUUCCAUAGAAAAAUUUAAAAGGUCGAUUUUCAAGGUCAGCUGAAGGCAAAAUGGAGAUUCAAAGCUCAGGACUCAGGCAUUACGCUAGGCAAGUGUCAAAAUUCUCAAUGAGUGUCAUCUAGCGUGGCUAGGAGAAUUUUUAAACUCCAAGCCUUCAUGAGGAAAAACCUACACGGAUUUAUAUGAUCUGAUCAGCGUCUCACUCCGUCUUUACAUAAAGUCGGAUACACAAAUCAAUUCAAGGCUCCCUUCCUAAGGCCCUAUUAUAAGAUCUAAGAUUUAAGAUCUCCUCGAUGCCAUUUUAAUGUAUAUCCCCAUCUAGUAAAGCAAAGCUUGAAAAGCUCCGUGCCCUGUCUUCAGCAUCCCAAGGCAUGAUUCGUUUAAAUACAACAGGCUAUUACCAUUAUAUCGUAGACUCUCCACGUCCUUAUAUCGUAGUUGUCUACUUCACAGCAGAUGUCACCAAAUUCAAGUGCUUACAAUGUGAACAAAUCCAUGGACUGCUCGACCAAGUUAUUUAUUCGUACAAAACAGCUGGAGCCGAGUCCAACUCUGACGACCCUACUCAAUUGCCUGUAUUUUUCGCAGAAAUUGAAUAUUUAACAGAAACAGGUAACCAAUAAAAAUUCCUAAAGGUAAAUUACCAUAUAUUAUUUUAAUAAAAUUAGCCUAUUAUUUAUCUUUUAAUGAUUUUUUUAAAAAACCAACAGAAACCCAAGAAAUUUUUCAAAAACACGAAUUUAUGUCAGCCCCAAAUCUCUUCGUCAGCAAGCCAAAAAAUAUUCUCAACAAUGGGAAAACCUUCACAGUCAAGAGAGAAGAUAUGUGGGAAUUUAAUAUGGGAAGUGACGCCCACGCUUACAAAUUAUUAGAAUUUAUUAACUUAACUUACAGACAGACUCUCGCCCAAUUUUUAAGCAAUCACCGAGGAUCUCCGAUACGGGAGAUUCAACCGCUUUGCGACCGUGUCUUCCUUCAGGGAUGGCAGUGUCUUCUCCUUACCUUUUGGUUUCAGUGUUGAGUGGAUAGUCUUCGGAUUUGUGCGGCCUUGCUUGAGGUUGUUUGAUGGGGAACCGCAAAAAUCCCAAAAAUAGAAUUCUGGUCGACUCUCGGCAAAAAGGGAAAACACUUAUCCCAGAGCGUAACUCCUGGUUUCAUGCUGGUGAAGUCCCUGAUUGGUCUAUGGGUUGCAUGCAGAUUUGUCUACGCAAACCCUUCGCCUUGAGGUAAAUCUAUCCUUGAAAGUGGUCUUUAGUUAGGCUCUUAUACGUCAAGAAAUACUCUGUCCAUUUCUGGUAAAACCUUACAGGAUAUAAUUAAAUAUGUACUCGAAGGAGUAGGUGUAGCCGACCGCGAAGGGCUGAGAUUCAUAUUCAAUUAUUUAAAUUUAUUAACAACAGGUCAGGCAGAAAUAUCCAAAUGCAGACCCCAGUGCUGCAGUCUUUGAUGAUGUUUAUUUAUAUGGUCGCUAUAUUUUUGUUUAUUGCUACAUUGGUCUAUAAGCUGAAAGACUUGCUAUUAGUGCCUUAUAUGUGGCUUUUCGGCAGCAUUUUGGUGUAUUUCGUGUGCAUUUCAGGUGUUGUGUAUGAUAUUAUUCACGGAGUCCCAAUGGUGGGGUCAGGCCAAAAAGGAGUUCCAGAGCUUAUUCAUUCAGGCCAGAGAAGCCAAUAUGGCGCUGAAGGAUUUUUAAUGGGAUUUUUAAUCACGAUAGGAGGGCUAGGAGUUGUGGCACUUGGAGCAUUAAGUAAGCUUCCUCCUUAUAGAAUUAGACUGUUUGGGUUCGCAAUUUUACUGGCUGUUAUAUAUUCUGCCUAUACAAUAGUCUCAGUUUACAGAAUUAAAGCUAGAUGGUAUGGGCCAGGAUUUUACCCACCAGAUUAUUAUACAAGAGGACCAUUAAUGAGAGACCAAGGGUACAGCUUUUAG